AUGGAGGAAUUGCAAACAAGAUCAAUACAGAUAUGCCGGUCACCAUUCAUUUUUAGCCUCCACCCCACUCUAAUAAUCAAACACCUCUUUGUUAAUAUGACAGGUUCCACUAGGAAGUCAAAGAUCUUGUUAGUAUCUGCUUCGAUUCUACUCAUAGUGGUCGGAGUUAACUCUUCGAACAUCAUCAAAUCAUCAUGUAGCCUCACUCUCCACCCUGACCUCUGCUACUCCACGCUUUCCGGCGUCCCUGAAAAGGUCAACACGCCAAAUGACGUCAUCGGGCUGGCUGUCAACAAAACCAAGGAGAUAGUCCAACGGAACUACUUCACCAUAAAGAAGCUUACACUUAGGACAAAUCUUACACAACGUGAGAAAAUCGCUCUCCAUGACUGUCUGGAAAUGGUCGCCGACACCCUCCAAGAACUCAACCAGGUCAUCGUUUUACUGGAGACAUAUCCCACCAAGAAAGGGAUUCGCCUUCGUCGACAUGUCGAUGACUUAAUGACACUCAUGAGCACCACUCUCACCAACCAAGAAACAUGUAUCGAUGGGUUCUCCCACGACAAACAUGAUAGGCAGCUUCGUGAAUCGCUUAUCGACGGCGAGAUCAACGCCGGGAGGUUAUGUAGCAACUCACUGGCCAUGAUCAAGAACAUGACCGACACAGAUAUGGCUAAUGAUCAAGUCAAUACAAUCGGCAGGAAGUUAAAGGAGGAGUGGCCGGAGUGGUUGUCCGCCGGAGAUAGGAGGUUGUUGCAGUCAGGGACUGUGACACCUAACGUAGUUGUUGCCGCAGAUGGAAGUGGGGACUUUACAACGGUUUCUGCUGCCGUUGCGGCUGCUCCUAACAGAAGCACAACCAGGUACGUGAUCAGGAUAGCUGCAGGGGUAUACCGGGAAAACGUGGAUAUCCCGAGUAAUAAACUGAACUUGAUGUUUUUGGGUGCCGGAAGAUCUUCCACCAUAAUCACCGCUAGCCGAAGUGUCGCCGGCGGCGUCACCACGUUCAAUUCCGCUACUGUCGCGGCGGUGGGUGCCGGAUUCCUAGCACGGGGCGUAACUUUUCAAAACUCGGCAGGGCCUUCUGGGAAUCAAGCGGUGGCGCUACGUGUCGGGUCAGACCUAUCUGCAUUCUACCAAUGCGGCAUGAUAGCAUAUCAAGACACCCUUUACGUCCACUCAAAUCGUCAAUUUUACAUCAACUGUUACAUCGCCGGCACCGUUGACUUCAUCUUCGGCAAUGCCGCCGCCGUGUUGCAAGACUGCGACAUCCAUGCCCGUCGUCCUAACCCAAACCAAAGGAACAUGUUUACAGCUCAAGGCCGCAGCGACCCUAACCAGAACACAGGGAUUGUGAUUCAAAGAUCAAGGAUAGGAGCUACGUCUGACCUUAUACCGGUUCAAGCUAGCUUUCCGUCGUACCUGGGUAGACCAUGGAGGAACUUCUCGAGAACGGUGGUGAUGCAAUCAACGAUUAGUGACGUGAUUAACCCAGCAGGAUGGUUUCCUUGGGAUGGGGAUUUUGCGUUGGAUACUUUGUAUUACGGAGAGUAUCAGAAUACAGGGGCUGGGGCUGAUACGUCCAAUAGAGUGACAUGGCCGGGGUACAGGGUGAUUACCAGUGCGACGGAGGCCGGAGGUUUUACUGCCGGAAACUUUAUCAAUGGUGGUAAUUGGUUGGCAGGCACCGGCUUCCCUUUUUCUCUUGGGCUUUGAGGAAUAUUGAUUCUGUAUAUGAAUAAUGAUUGAAUAAGUUGUUUGAUAUAACAACAACAACAAAUAUUGUAUUUCUUUGAAUCCAAUAUUGUAAGUUUCACCAUAAAUGAUGAACAAAGGUAAAGUUUAAGGCA